CUGUGUGUACGAUUGUGUUUGUGUUUGUGUUUGUGUUUGCGUAUGUGCAUGUGUAUAUAUGCCCCCGCCGUAGCAUAGAUACAGAGAUACCUACACAUUUCCAGCGCCGUCCGCCUGAAAAGUGAAAACAAACCAGGCCAGCGCGAAUUGCGAAUUGCAAAUUGAAAGUUCUUCACUUGAGGCAAGAUUCGAAAGAAAGCAAAUUCCUUGACUUUCUAAGCACAUUUUGCUCAACAUACGACGCACAAUCUACAAGGAGACCAUGUCGACGCUGCCAUUUUUGCUGAGCGUUGCCGACGAGCUGGACAACAUUCAUACACAGUCCUAUCUGGAUGACUUCGGUCUGGGCUUCCAUCCGCACCGUCAAUACUAUCGCACGCCCACCAUACAGCUGUCGCUGCCAGCCAGCACGGACUGGACAGGACGCGCGGACUGGCAGGGACGACAUGCGCGCUAUCGCAGCUACAAGUUUUACGAUGACUCCGAGAACAAUCUGGAGGAGGAGCAGGAGUCAGAGACGGAGCAGCAGCAGAAGUUGCAGCAGGAGCAGCACAGCUUGCAGCUGGAACAGCAGGAGCUCAGCAAUGAGCAGGUGCAGCAGCAAAAGCAACAACAACAAGCACACACUGCCAACAUGGUGAAGUCGAACUCACAUGACGUGGGCGUGGGUGGACUGGGCCUGAAUCUGAAGGCCGGCGAGGAGGAGGAUGAUGAGAACAUCGAUCGCACCGUGCGCAUGUACAAUCUAUCCAAGAAGUGCUGCAAGAACUACUAUCGGCAUGCCUUGGAGAUGGAUGGACCCGGCGCCAGUGGCAGGAGCAAGUGCAGCAACGCGCGCACCGAAUGCCAUCAGUCGUUCUCCAGCUCCGAGGAGAGUCUGCAAAAGGUGCCCUCGCCCAUUGAGUUUCUCACCUGUUUCCUGGUAAAGAAGACGCGUACGCCCAAAUGCUCCAACCAUGGCGCAGCUCCCAGCCGUGCGGCCGUUGGGCAGCUUAAGAAAUCAUAGAACGCGGCCGCGUUGCUGCCAGCAACGACAAGACUAGCAGCAACGGCAACAGCAACAGCAACAGCAACAACAACAACCGCUUCGGUCUCAAUGACAUCGACGUCGGCGUCGAAGCGUCGCAGCAACUGUUUCUGAAUGUUGGCCAGAGUCGGUGUGCUCUGCGGCCAGGCCUGGAGCUGGCUGCAGCGUUGCGGCGAGCUGCCCAGCUCGGAGCCAACGACGUUGCCUGCAACGCGCCUGGGACGCAUUACCUACUAGGCGUAUAACCACAAAGCAGGAGGCGUGGCACACGCGACUCACACACACAGAUACGCACACACACACACAUGGCAAAGUGGUUUUAAGGCUGGCAACAGGAAUUUGCAUAGAGAUUCGUGCGGCAGGCUUCAUUUGCAGCAAAGGCCGCUUGAACAAAACACACACAAGCGCACACACAGACACACCAGCACACACCGAAAUUGUUUUUUGGAAUUCUUAAUAAUCGUAAAGCAACUAAAAUACAAUACACAAUUUUUAAAGCCAGAGAUUUUUUAACGAAAAUAAUGCGAAUUUGUUAAGCAAACGUUUUUUAUACGAAUUUUUUGAUACCUAUAAAGCAGAA